AUGGGACAACAUUUCACCAAUGAGGAAGGGGAACAAACAGACAUUGAUGUUGCUGAGUUGCAGGAAUGGUAUAAGAAGUUUGUAGUGGAAUGUCCCAGCGGGACUCUCUUCAUGCAUGAAUUCAAACGCUUCUUUGGAGUCCAGGAUAACCAGGAAGCAGCAGAGUAUAUUGAGACUAUGUUCAAAGCUUUUGAUAAGAAUGGGGAUAACACCAUUGAUUUUCUGGAGUAUGUGGCUGCUUUGAAUCUUGUCCUACGAGGAAAAUUGGAACACAAGCUGAAAUGGACAUUCAAAGUGUAUGACAAGGAUGGGAACGGCUGCAUAGACAAACCUGAGCUCUUAGAAAUAGUUGAUUCUAUUUACAGGCUGAAGAAAGUGUGUCGGUCGGAAAUGGAAGAGAGGACUCCACUGCUCUCCCCCGAGGAAGUCGUGGACAGGAUAUUUCAGUUAGUGGAUGAGAAUGGGGACGGGCAAUUGUCCCUUGAUGAGUUCAUUGAUGGUGCACGGAAAGACAAGUGGGUGAUGAAGAUGUUACAAAUGGACGUAAACCCUGGAGGGUGGAUCGUGGAACAGAGAAGGAAAAGUGCUUUGUUUUAAUUGACUUCACU